AUGAAGCCUCCUUCAGACGCGUUGCGACAUAGCCUUCAGAAGCUUGCUGAAGCAAGAGCAAAUCGCAGCACUACUACUACUCCUACUUCUAGUGUGCCUCCUCCCCCAUACACACUCUCAGUUUCCAGGCCAACCGGCACGCGUACCAUGACCGUGGACCGGUUGGAUGACUAUUACUAUGCUGAAGAACCCAGCCCUAUCACCAUCCAGAUUGACAAUUCAAUCGAUGUGACCGGCAAUGGCAAUCAUGUCAUGCUGCCGUCCGAAUCCAGCACCCCAACCACAAGUGAGGGCAGGAACUCCACCCCCUCACUAGCAGGUGUGAUCAUUGGCGCACUGAGUCGUGCCAAUGCCCUCCGCGACGAGGCAGGAGCAGCACGCCCCAUUAACAUAACGGUCAAUUCUGGGAUGCGGAUUCAUGGCGAAAACAACGUCAUCACUCGCGGUGCCCCCAAGCCUGCCGAGUCUACUGAUACCGUUGGCGGCACCCUGAAGCGCCGUGCAAGCUCGGAGCCUAUGGAGACUGCCCCGGAGACUCAGCGUCGCCGUAUGACUUAA